CUUGAGUUUUCAGGUCUAGGUACUUCAAUCUCGUGACGGCUGACAGAGGGAGUGGUGGAAGUUGGAAGGCGGCCAUGGUCAAUUAAGGGAGCACCUGAUGACGGAAGCAUCACAGGAGUGGUAGGCGGGAUCAAAUUAUCUGCAUGAAAACGGAGGGCUGAGAACGGGCUGUGCGCUUGGCAAUGCUGUCGCCUGAUUGACUUGAAGGAGCUGCUGCAUGGCUUGCAAUGUUCGGGGGAUCCGACUCCAGCAAUCACUCGUAGACCUGUUCGCAACAACACCAGCGCCUCAGUUAGGCAGACAGAUCUUGAAGAAGGCUAGCCAAGCAGGCUGCUUGAAACAACGUUUCUCUUUGGACCAGCCUCCACAAAGGCUUUACUCCAGGACACGAGCCAUGGCUGCGGAGCCCUUUCCCACCAGCUUUGCGGAGCCGGUGAAGUCGUACGAUGCGCACAUCUACUUCUUCCAGGACAACCCCGCCUCGUCAGCCUCCGCAAAAGCCCUCCGCGAGGAAAUCAUCAAGGAGUUCCCGCACCUGGAAGUCUAUAAGUUCUGGGAGAAGCCCAUCGGACCACACCCGACGGGAAUGUUCGAGGUGGACAUGCGGACCCCCGCCCAAUUCGCCGAGUUCGUCCCCUGGAUCCAAGUCCAUCACGGAGUGCACUCGGUGCUCAUUCACCCCCACACCGGAGACGACUUCGGUGACCACACUCACAGGGCGCUGUGGCUUGGGGACAAGGUGCCCCUAAUUACGAGUAUUCUAAAAAGGGCCGAGCAACCGCCGGCAUAGCUGGUCUCAGCUUUGUGCUAGAGGCUCGGUGUGUUUGAAUUGAGGGAAACUCAGAUGAGGAAUCUUUGACGUGAUUGAAGAUUCAGACGGGGUCGUCUUUGGUACGCAAGCGAGUGCCGAGGACGCCCUUGCAUGCAUGAAGAAAGAUUUGGAGUAUGCUUGUGGAUACUUAGGGCAAAAUGUCAUCUGAAUAGUUUCGUUCAAUCAUGUCAAACAAUGUACGAAGGGAUACUAAGACUCAAGAUUUACAAGAGUCGACACGAUUAAAACGCGAGUUAUAUAAUCAAGUAUUGCAAUCAUUCGAUCGAUCCGACGCG